AUGGGGAAGGGCAGUCAAGACGAUCGGUUGAGCAAGUUGCCCGAUGACAUUUUGCUCAACAUCGUUGACCGGCUUGGAAUUGUCGACAUCGCAAGAACCAGCUUCCUGUCCAAAAGGUGGAGGCGGAUCCCUGCCAUGCUCUCAAAAAUCGAAAUCGUGGUUGGUUCCUUUCAUCUGGGACAAGACAGGUCCAACGUGACGAGUGACGAUGUCAUUCGUGCCAGUUCCACCACCGUCGAAAUAACUAGGAGGAUACUGGAAAACAGGCCCCCAAGUAUAUACACCAUUCACCGACUGUCCGUGCAAUUAUUCUUGGGAGAUGAUUCCAUCUCCAUUGGACAGACCGUGGCCAACACUAUGGCAACACAAAAGGUUGGUUCGUCCGAGUUCACGAUUUUAACGGACAAGGAUGGCAGGAAAUGCACCUAUGAUGAAGUGGCUGCCUAUGGGAGGCAGCUCAGGUCAUUUGUUGAUGCUUGCCCGGUCGCGUUUGGUGGCCUCACACGCCUCAAGCUGGAACAUUUGACGCUGGCUCAAUCAGAUUUCCCAGAAAUAUUUGGCAUAUGUAAGAGGCUGGAGUUCCUCCACUUGUUCAACUGCGACGUGGAGAUUUCGUCUUCUCUACAAGUGGAACAUCCUCAACUCAGCCAACUUGAGAUUAUCAACUGCAGAUUUGAGAAUGGUGUUGAUCUGAAAUGGCUACCAAAGCUUGCACUGCUGACUUUUAAAGGUUGGUUCUCACAGGAGGAUCCUUUUUGCGUUGGUCAUGCCCCACUGCUCCAGAGUGUGAGCAUCACUAAUAUUGGUCUUUCUUACCACAAGAUGCUCAAGUUAAGUGAGAUCCUUGGCAAAGCAACCAUAAGUGAUCUCCAUCUCAAUUUCAGAUGCGAAAAGAUUUGGAUUAAACCAGAAGGUCCAAGACAAUUGUGGCAGGUGUUUCGUACACUAAAGGUUGUGACUUUGGAUAACAUUUCUGAAGAAUGUGAUCUGACUUGGACGUUAUUCAUUCUCCAAGGCGCACCCUUCCUGAAGGAGCUGUGCAUACAGGUGUGGGACAAUGUAUGCGAUAUGAUGGGAGACGAGGAAGAGAGGAAGAAGCAUGCAUUUAGCGAGGAGAGGAAGGACAAAGGCACAGAGUGGGAAGGACUGGCAUCUGAUUUCAAGCACCACAAUCUGGCUGUGCUAAGGAUUUAUGGGUUUCAAGCAGAAUGCAAGUUCUUUGAAUUUAUUAGAAGUGUGAUGGAAGCUGCAGUUGAUCUCGAAGGCAUAUACCUGCAUAACAGGGUAUUGUGUAAAAGGCGCAAUAUCAUGGUUCCAAGCACUUCCAAAUAUCCGAAAACAUAUAAACAGAAGAUGUCGGUGAGGAACAAAAUCUACAAGGGCAAUUGCUGGAUGGUUGGGAUACACUUCCCGGGCUGA